AUGACUUUUCCAAGAUCACACUUUCAAGGAACUCAUGACAGUGAAGCCGGCCCAAGUAGAACUACACAUGUUAAUGAUGUUGUACUUGAUCGUAAUUGCACAUCACCUAAUCAACGAAACAACACGAGUCAAUCCGAUACAGAUGAUAUGGAUGUUGAUGAAGCUUUAGAGGAUGCAGUAAUAUCAUAUGUUAACAUGGACGCCAGAGAAAAUGGUGCAUUAUCACGUCGUCCUCAAGGAGGUUUCUAUCCGAAUGAGGGUGUCAGGCCGCGUUUCUUACAACUAUACAUCUACGACACCGAUAAUGAGCUACAUAAUAGAAUGCAGGAAAAUCCACAGUUGCACCAAAAUGUAGUUCACAAAUUACAGAAAAUGCUCCAUCAGUUUAAUCCUUUUGUAAUUAGGUUCAAGCAACUUUCAAUACUUCCAAAUAUCAGUGAAUGUAGCCUCAUACUUAAGGAGUGUCCAAGUAAUCACCAUCAAUACAAUCUUCCAACUGCUGAACAAGUUGCGGCAAUUAUUGUUGGAUGUGAUGCAGAUUCUAUGGAUUAUGGAAGGGAUAUUAAUGUUAUCCGUUGUGAUGGAAAUCUCAAGAAAGUUCAAGAGACAAAGGGAUAUUAUGAUCCUUUACAAUACCCUAUAUUGUUUCCAUUUGGGACGCAUGGUUGGGACAUCAACACAACAAAUUGCAAUGGACGAAGAGUGUCAUGUCGAGCAUAUUACAGUUACAUGCUUCAGAUUCGCCCAAAUGAUCAAUCAAUGUUGUUAAAUGCGGGUCGACUGUUACAACAAUAUGUUGUAGACAAUUAUGUCAAAAUUGAAUCAGGGAGAUUAAGGUGGGUUAAAGAGCACCAAGGUGAUAUACGUUCUGAACUGUACCAAGGUUUACAUGAUGCUUUGCAUGUUGGUGAAACUAAUGCAGAGAACAUUGGAAAAAGAACAAUAUUGCCAUCAUCAUUUAUUGGCGGUCGUCGAGACAUGACAAAACGUUAUGAAGAUGGCAUGGCUAUUGUUCUUAAUGGCGGUAAACCAGAUAUUUUUCUAACAAUGACAUGCAAUCCUUCUUGGAGUGAGAUAACAUCAGAACUUUUGCCUUUUCAAACACCACAAGAUCGUCCAGAUUUGCUAACAAGAAUAUUUUGUUCGAAAUUUGAGAAAUUGAAGGAUGAUGUUAUUAAUAAAGGAGUCUUGGGUAAAGUUAAAAGCUACAUGUAUGUCACUGAAUUUCAAAAGCGAGGACUGCCGCAUGUGCAUAUGUUGUUGGUCUUAGAAAGUAACGAUAAGUUGCGUGACCCAAAAGAUUAUGAUAGUAUAGUAAGAGCAGAAAUACCUAAAUUAGAAUGUGAACCACAAUUGCAUGAAACUGUUGUAAGACAUAUGAUCCACGGACCUUGCGGCAUAAUCAACCGAAAGUCUCCAUGUAUGAAAGACGAACAUUGUAAAAAAAGGUAUCCCAAACAAUUCUUGGAUGAAACACGUCAAGGCACUGACUCAUAUCCCGAGUAUAGGAGAAGGUUUAAUGAGUCUGUAUCGUUAGGUAGAGAUAGGUCUGUCGAUAAUAGAUGGGUGGUUCCUUAUAACCCUUGGUUACUGUUAAAGUAUGAUUGUCACAUCAAUGUAGAGAUUUGCAGUAGCAUUAAAAGUAUCAAGUAUCUAUACAAAUAUGUGUACAAGGGCCCUGAUCGUGUGGCUAUGGAGGUUCAUAAAGGAUCAUACAUGGAUGAAGUUCAACAAUAUGUUGAUGCAAGAUGGAUUUGUGCUCCCGAGGCAUUAUGGAAAAUAUUUCGAUUCACUCUUUACCGAUUAUAUCCUUCGGUUGAAAGAUUGCAGAUCCACUUGCCGAACCGCCAUCAAGUGCGUUUUUAUGAUCAUCAGCAAAUUGCAGAUGUGUUAAAUAAUGAACGCAACUCCAAAACAAUGCUCACACAAUUCUUUGCAUUGAAUCUACGAGAUCCACAAGCAAGAAAGUAUCUGUAUAGAGAGAUUCCAGAGCAUUAUUGUUGGAACAAGCGGGGUCCAACCAGUUGGGAAUAUCUUCUUACAAAUAACGGCAUGACUUUUAGUACAUUCAAAAAAUCAGCCGAGGAUAGGGGAUUUCUAGAGACUGAUCAUAGUAUUCGUGAUUGUUUGGUUGAGGCUACGAGUCUCCGAAUGCCAUAUGCUUUACGAAGGUUAUUCGUGACGAUUUUAAUAUUUUGUGAACCUACUGAUGUUAGAGGCCUUUGGAAUGAGUUUUCUACACAUAUGGUAGAGGAUUAUCAAACAGCUAACAAUGUUGUGGAAUCAGACUUAACUAAUAUGUUGUUGAAGGACUUGAAUGAACUCUUAAACCUUCACGGUAAAAAGAUUGAUGAUUAUGAUCUCCCAUCUUUACCCCCUAAUACAAUAGACAGAGGUGCAGUUCCAAGUAUCAUACAAGAGGAGUUAGCGAUCGAUAUCCUCAAUGAAGAUAUUGAAUCUAUUGCUAAGUUGAAUAAUGAUCAAAUGAUUGCAUUCAAAACCAUUAUGAAUGUAAUUGUUCAAAAACACAGUGGGGUAUUUUUUGUUGAUGGUCCAGGUGGAACAGGUAAAAUGUAA